UGUCAAAAGCAGAUUCAAAAUCAUACAUAAACACAUACAUCAGAGGAAGGACUAUCGCGCUGCCGCUAGCUAGCUUCUUCAUUACUUCAGCCUCGGGACGGCGGAUUUAAGUCGAGAGAAAAUGAUGCACACAUUUUUACACGACAUCCUCCGCCCACUACUAGAUGGAAGGGACCCGAUACGGAAGAGGUCUAGACAGAUGCCUGUGCCAGUGUCACCAUGUAAAGACGAAUCUAGUCAGAGUGCUUCAGCAAGCAUCCCUGGUGCAAUGACCAUACCAGUGCAGGAGACAGCGCAAUCUCCUGAAAGUACAACAACCUCUCAACAUGUAGACAGUGUUGAUCCAGAUGUUGUUGCAGGUUAUCAGGACUGUUUAAAAGAAACUCUCAGGUUCUUGCUAGAAGAAGAGCAGCUGUCCUUGGAUCAUCCUGUUGUAAUGGGUCUUGCAGCUCAUUUGACUCGUGAUCAUGCUCAUGUGGAGCUUAGUAAACUGUCACAAGAGCUAAGUAAUGCUGUAUUGGCUUGUACAACAACUCAAAGUGCUACAACUUCCCAUAUGCCGAUGUAUCCACAAGACAUUUUUUAUCCCAUAUCUCCAAGAACAGUCACUGCUGGGUUUGAAGUCACGUUAGUAGAAGAAAGUGAGGAUAAUGAACCCCUGAAUGAAAGUCAGGAUGAUUUUGGGGGUCUAGAAGAAAGCUGUGACAUUCAAGAUAUUGACUGUGAUGAUUACAGUGACUCAGAAGAAGAUCAAGUAGCAGAAACAAUCAUGAGCAAUCCUGAACUAAGACGGCAGUUGUUGAGAUUUGUUUACCAAGGCUGUGACUUGAUUGCUUCCCCUCAACCCAUUUCUGAAUUGCAUCAAAGUAUGAUAGUGCAGCUUUGACCAGUUAUCUAAUUUUUCAUAUUUUUCACUUAUCCUGAAGGAAAAUUCCAAUGAAACCCCUUUUAAGUAUUGUAAUAAUAUUCUACAAAAAAUACAAGUAAUGCAGUAAUAUUAAUAUGAAACACUGUUCGGUGAUCUCAAUAUUGCAAUUAGAAAAUAUCACAACUGCGUUUAUCACAAAGCAUUCAAAUCCAGUCGGAUGAUUGAAAGUUAUAUCUUCUAUUAUUAUUUAUAUGCCAAAUUUGGUAAAGGCAAGUUAUUUAUAUUUUAUGGGUAGUAUUUCAUAGAAAUAUACGUAUUCAAGAUAUACAAGGAUCAGUUUUGAGAACCGCUAAAAUGUUUGGUCAGCAAUAUGGAUAUGCAAAUUUACUACAUAGUGUGAAAACUGUUAUGCUCAUAUAAAACAAAAAUCUACUUAGUUAAACUAGUAAUGAGAUUAACUGUAGUACUGUCCAUUACAAGGAUUUUCUGGCUGUAUAUUAUAGUACGUACUGUAAAACGAAGAAUAUGAAUUGCAGAAGCAGGCUGUGAAUUUUUCAAAUUUGUAGAAUUUUAGUCAUAGUCUACAGUACUCACACUGCAUACAUGACAUGCAUUAUACAAAAUAUGUAGAAUGGAGUCUUGCACUUAUCAGUAGAGUAUGUACUACUGGUAUUGAUAUGGGUGAAAACCAUAUUAAAUGCAACUGAUUACAUAAAGACGAGGAUAGUAUAGUUUACACCAGUGUACUAGAUACCAGUAAAUACUCAAAACAUAAAUCAUAAGUUACAAGAGUUUUAUAGUACUGAAUAAGAUGGACAGCAUGGCUAUUUAUAUUCAUGUGAAAAUUCUGAGUCAUAUACAGUAUGUAAAUAGUCGUCUGUAAAUAAAUAUGAAAGCAAUCAGUGAAUGUUUUUAUUCAUGGUACACAAAGGUAUUUACUUUUUUGGCAAAAUUAGUAUUCAUUGUAAUGCAUACUUUUCCUUAAAGUUCCAGCAAUCUUUAUCUUUCUUCUUACUUUCAUAAGUAAACAUGUUUUCUGUUCAAGUACUGUGGCCAUUCUUUUGUUCAACUUAGAUUUAUUUUCCGUAGAUAUAAGGUGAAACUACCCUGAAUUUUUUUAGUGAUGUGGCAGAAUCUUUAGGAAAACCAAUCAGGCAUACAUUGAGCAGAUAAUGUUUUUUUAAAGAAUGCAAAAGUUCAUUAUGUACAAAAGCUAGUACUAUAGGUAACGUCACUGUCCAUGAACUUUCGAUUUUCACUUAGUCAAUAGCUGAAUUCCUUUACCUGCACAAAUUAUUUAUGUAAAUUUGCAAUGAAAACAAGAUUGUUAAUAACAAAUUGAAAAAGACAAAGUUGUAUUUGUCUAAGAUACAUCCAUCGGUUUACACCUGGCUAUGUUAGGUGAGCAAGACUUUUGUUGUAAGAAUGAUAGAACAUGAGCCCUGAGGUAGGAUACCCUCUACAUGAUUGAGCACAGAAAACAAGAUUUUCAUAUUAACAAGGGAUCAAGAUUAAGGCUAGAACCUUGUAGUAAACGGCAGAAAUUCUUUUAAAAGCUGGUUAAAAUGAAAACCAGACAUAAAGACCCCAUAAACAAGGCAUAGAAGUCAAUACCCUUAAAGCUCUGCUCUUCAAGAAAUGUAUUGCUAAGGCGACUAAGAUGAGAGACUGCCCAUACCCGCUAAGUUCUAGCCUUUUACAACUGAAGGAUCAAAAUUCUUUUCAUAUUUAGUAGUUGAAGAAAUUUAAAUUAUUAUGCGAGUUGACUGAGGGCCUUGUGGUGAAGACACCAUGAUAGAAGGAAAACCAUAACAGUGGUAAGAGCUAGGAGAGGUUAUAGCUCCACACCAUAAGGUCCAUAAAGCUGAGAUGCUCGGAACCCAGACGCUCUCCUAGGAUACAUACCUU